AUAUUUAAAAAAGCUGUCAUUAUUGCGGAAGAUCGGACAUUUACGCACAACAUAAAACAUGGCCUUUGCAAGAGUUUGUUUGCUGGUAUUUGCACUAUUUAACACUGUAUACGUUCUAAGAGCUGCAACAACGACUGUAGGGCUCGGUAAAAACUGCAACACAACUGUGACCUGUGUAGCGAAUACUACUUGCACUAAUAAAACAUGCGUUUGUUCACCAGCCUUCAAAGUUAAUGGCCAAAAAUGCUCUCCUAAAGUUCUAGGAGAUAAAUGCAAAAAUGACACGGAUUGUGCUGCUGUUACUAAGUCCGUUUGCAAUACAGCCGUCAGCCACACUUGUGAAUGUCCGGCUAAACACAAAGCCGUCAGUGGUCAAUGUAAACCUAAAGUCAUUGGCGCAGCAUGUACUACUGCAAAUGCAGCUGCAGUAUGCAAUGUAAAACAUUCAGAAUGCAACAAUUCUACCACCAAGACAUGUGCAUGCAAAGCAGGUUAUCACAAUAAUAAUGACCAGUGUCUAGCAGAUUCAUCGGCUGAGACUCAAAGGAUUGCAUUUAAUAUUUUGGGCGCAUCCUUACUGCUGACCGUCUUUAAGAUACUCUAAAGGCGGACGCUACUGUUGAAAAAAAAAAAACACCAAGGAUUUCAACAGAAGAAAAAUAUAUUUGCGAAAUAGAUUUCGAACUCUACAUUAAUCAUAUACAUUUCAAAUAUCGUUGCCUAAUACCGUUUCCCAGACUCGUUUAUAUAUAAUGGUACCUGAUGACAUUAUUUCUGUUUUACAAACAUUGUUUUAUGAUGCUCCCCGAAAUGUUUACAGGUUGUGGUGGUUUCUGGUGCGUAUAGUCCGUCCGUCUGUCCCGAUAUCUUUUUCCGAACGUUUUCAAGUGAUCUGACAUAAACUAAAGAGUUCGGUAUUACUAAGAAGUAAAAUUACACAUUUUGUCAUGACAUGAAUAUAUCAUGCUCGGCUUAGGAGGCCUGGCCUUUUGAAUUUUCUACAAAAUUCUCUAUAUUGCACUAUAUUGAUAUAUGUUUUGUCCGUUUAACCCCGCUUACUGUUUUCAAGAAGUCUCUCUCAAACUUACAGACAUUUAUGACGUAAACUUGCGUGUGUUGUUGAGACCAUGAAUGUACUUUGCCUGGGUUAGGAGUUAUAAGCCUUUGAAACUAUACAUAGCCAAAACAUAUAUUGACCUUACCUGGUUAACUCCUCCUACAGUUUAAAAAGAUCUGGCUCAACUGUCAGGACAUCCCUGAGUAAUGAGUUAUGAAAAAUUGAAAGUUUAGAAAAUACUAUAUUUUCCUGUACGUAUUAACCUGUUGGAGUUGUCAAUGCACUUUGCCCAAACAGACAGAAAUGCAUUGCUAUUAAGUUAACUUGAGAAUAUUGUCAGGAUGAAAAUUUACUUCUGUGUAAACUAACAUAAACGCCCCCGCCCCUGUUAAAUGCACAGCAUCCUAAUUAAUAAAAAUAUUUUUGAAAAUAUUGAUUCAUUAUCGACACAUUUUCUCAAUUCUGAAUAUCUUCGGGGAGCAUACAUCAGUUUACUGUUGACUCUUAUUAAGGGAUCAUGUGUUGUUCUUAGUUAAAUCAGAGUCGCUUAAUUUGCUUUGCAGAACUUCGAAAUUGUUGGAAGUGUACACUGUUUUUAUUUACGUACAAAUUUUAGAACAACAACGUCACUUUUAUUUUAUUUUAUAUUUUUUCACUCACAUUUUACGAAAUGAAUAUCGCAUUUAAAUAGAAUCCUAUUUCAUAUAGAACCUAACCUAUACGAACAUAUAUUUGUAUUUGGAUAACAUGUAAAACGCAAAACAUAUAAGACUGGUUAUCUAACAUAAUUCAAAGAAUACCCUAAAUGAUUAUAUUUGAUUGUGCAAAUUAUUUUUACGCCUUUGUUAGUACACGAAUUAAGAUUUUGUCCUGGUGCCUUUGAUUCGCGGUUUGUUUGUUAAAUGUAUUGAAAUACAUUUAUAACAAAAUACCAUUUAUAUCCUGAAGGUAACAACAGGAAAAGCCUUGAACUGACAUGUUGUCACCGCAAAAGAAAGUUGCAUUUACUUCUUAUUGCCUGCAUUGACAUUAGCAUUUGAUAUGGAUAAAAAUAGUUGUUUACAUAUGAUAAUAUCUGACUUUUUGCCUUGUUAAAGUGAGAAAACAUCAUGAACGUGAAAAAGCCAUUCUUUAUAUUUGGUAUUAAGCAAAUGUGUAAAUACUUAGACGUUGAUGCUGUGUUAUGUAUAAAAUAUGUUUUUCAAAUUGGCUUUCUCUAUGGUAGCUUUAGGAAGAGAAAAAACAAGUUAACAUUAGACAAAAUGUGUUAUUAUAUAUAUGGCUAUAUGAGCCCAAGAAUAUAAGCUCUUUGAUUUUUUUAAUUGUUUUUUUUUAAAGAUAUUUUGAAUAAAUAUUCUAAAACAACUGUUUAACUGUCAAAUGAGCUUCUUGUUUAAUCUGUGACUAUGUUUCUAUAUUUGAAUCCAUGUUGAACUUAAUGUAAUUAUUGCGAUACUGGUUCAAGCAGGGAAUCAUUGUAUGAAACUGGCCGGUAGAUGGUAUUUGAGUAAUGCCUAUAAUUCAGUGUAGACUAAAUGAAUACACGAGAGUUACAAUGCCUUUUAAAAUUUUCAAGUUUUAUUUAUUUCUUUAAACCUAAGAGUUUAGUAAAGGUCAUUUUUUUCUUGAUCUCAGAUCAUCUUUACACUUUACACUAUUCCAUCUCAAUGCUUAUAUGAGCACACUAAUCUAUUAAUGAGCGUCGUUGCACUUUAGGAAUUAUUCCCAUCGAAAGCCUGAUGAACAUGAUUAAGCAAUGUUGCUCAUUUGAAAGUAGAUCUAUGUACAGAAAAAGAAAAUAAAUCGCAACUUAACUGUGGUCAGUCUAUAUAUGAACAUAAAUCUGCUAAUCAAAUAUCAGUGUAUUAAUUGAAUGAAAA